GAGUGAUUAAAAAUAAAUUUUUUGAAGUUUUUUGUUAUAAAUGCAAUUUCAAAAUAGUGCGAUUAUAUUAAAGUAUUAAUUUUUAUUUCAUAAACUAACAUAAAUAAACAUAAAUAUAAUCAAUCGAGUCUCGAUUGAUAAAGUUAGUGCGAUGAUAGAAAUUAAUACAUAUUAAAAAAUUGAAAAUUAAAUAUUAUUACAAAAAUAUUGUAUAAAAAAUGAGUGAUUCUGAAAAAGAAGAUGAUUCCAAGACAACGGGUCCAGUGGACAAUGCUUGGUCAUUAGAAAUUCCAUCUUUUAAAGCUGAGGACAAUCCUAAUCGUUUACUUCAAGAAAGUUCAUUUGCAACUUUGUUCCCAAAAUACAGAGAACAAUAUUUAAAAGAACAUUGGCCAUUGAUUCAGAAAGCUUUAGACGAUUAUGCAAUCAAAGCUGAAUUAGAUUUCAUUGAAGGUAGUAUGACUGUGAAAACUACUAGAAAAACAUGGGAUCCAUAUAUUAUAAUUAAAGCUCGUGAUAUGAUCAAACUUAUGUCAAGAUCUGUUCCUUUUGAACAAGCAGUUAGAGUACUUCAAGAUGAUAUUAGCUCAGAUAUUAUAAAAAUAUCUUCGUUUGUAAGAAACCGAGAAAAGUUUGUCAAGAGACGUCAGAGGCUUAUAGGACCAAAAGGAUGCACUUUGAAAUCCAUUGAAUUGUUGACAAAUUGUUAUGUUCUUGUACAAGGACAGACAGUGGCUGCAUUAGGUCCUUAUAGAAGUCUUCCAUUAGUUAGACGUAUUGUUGAAGAUACUAUGAAAAACAUUCAUCCUAUUUAUAACAUUAAAGCGUUGAUGAUUAAGAGAGAACUGGCAAAAGAUCCAAAAUUAAAGAAUGAAAAUUGGGAGAGAUUUUUGCCUAAAUUCAGUAGUAAAAAUAUUAAUAAGAGAAAGCAGCCGAAGAAUAAGAAAGAGAAAAAACCGUAUACUCCAUUCCCACCUCCUCAACAAGAGAGCAAGAUAGACAAGAUGAUAAGUACAGGAGAAUAUUUUUUGAACGAGGAACAGAAAAGAGCCAAGAAGAAGAGAGAACAAGAUAUCAAGCACCAGGAGGCUGAGAAAAGAAGACAGGAACGUAGGGCGCAAGCAUUUGUACCUCCUGAAGAAGCAUCUAAAGAGAAAAAGGAAGAGAAGGAUGAUAUAAACUUAGAUGAAUUUAAGAAGAAAGUUAAUAAUGCACUUAAAAAACAUAGUGCAAAAUCAUAAUAUUUAAACCACAUCUUUAAUUAUAAAUUAAUUGUUAUUCUUGCAAGAUUGUUCACUAUAUUAUUUGAUAUUUUUAACUAAAUAAAAUAUUUGCUGGUUGUCUAAAAAAA